AUGCCUGCUCACAGAAUUGGAGUCCGGGAAGGCGACAUUCGACAGCGCUUUUUUCGUAAAAGCCAACAAUCUCCCUUGGGUUAUAUCCACGCUGGUGCUCGUCGCUCAUGGCCUCAGUGCAUUUGUAAGCGUAACCUCUCCGGCGUUCCUGGACGAAUAGGCGAGAGGAUUAAACAGACGACAGAUCAGGCAGAGUUUCCAUUAUUAAGCAAAGGAUGUAGAGGGAAGGUGCCUGUGAAAACGGGAAACUCUGGGGGCGAAGUAGCAGGACGAGUUGCGCAUCGAGCGGGCGUGUUUGGGGUAGCAGGCAUGCGAUACAACUUCCAUUCAAUCAUUCGUCAUUCGCGAUGGAGUCGAGGCGGGAUAAGAGGAAUGGCGCAUUGGGCCGAUUUUGGGCACAAAACAAAGUCUCAAGCAACAGCAGGAGAAGCGAAUUUUCCACAUUCCACAAGCGCAUCAAAAGAGAGUCAUGUCCGCCCAGUCGUUGCGUUUCGGCGCAACUUCAUCCCUCAUAGUCAGCUCCAACAGUCCUUUGCAAGCGAGACAACAUACCCCUAUUAUAUUUCUGACGCAAAUCGCCGAACAUUGAAAGCGAUAACGCAUGUAGAGCUAUCUCCAUACGCAAGCAGAAAUAUCAUUCUAGCAUCGCCACAUCCUGGGGCUCCACUGUUUCUGGAAAACACCGUCAAAGCCGUGGCUUUCGAUCUUGGAGCAGACGUAUUGACCCUCGAUUAUCACACCAUGCUUCAAGCAGUCCGCGAGAUUUCUGGCAAAGAGUCCCCAAAACCGUCGGGCAGAGAACGAAGCAGUUUUGUGACAGGCCGUACAGAAAAUCCAGAGUACCUGCAAGUUUCCGAAUCAUUUUCCCCUGCAAUGUUCAACACAGUUACCGCGAAGGAAGCUGAGGGUAUUGAUGAUGAAGACGAGGAGUUUGAUGAUGAGCAUGAUAUCGAAGAAGAUGACGAUGAUGUAGAUUACCAUGCUGUCGCUUCUGGUUCACGGAACUUGCCAUGGGUAGGCAAUUAUCGCGCAUCUGAACCGACACAUCCUCUGGUGGUUACUUUCAAUGUGGGGGAGCGGAACGGAAAGACGGAAGAUUGUUCCACCAUGAGUGGUACCUCCGAGGCACCUUCGUCAAAUCGGGUAUCGGAAGCCCAUAUUAGUCCUAUAGCCGGAUUACCUAUAAAGAUAUCUGUUGCUAGCGCACCGUCUCCGCCCACAGCACUUCCAGUGGACACUCUUCUCGCCAACAUGCACAAGGAUGCGCUUGGUAAAGGAUCUCAUUAUGAGGAACCUCUAACUAGCUUGGAGCUGCGUGAAGCAUCGAAAGCCCUCGUAGACUUCAUCAAGACGACAUGUUCCAGUUUUCCAAAGUCCUUGUUAACAAAUUUACGAUACCCUCGUCGAUUAAUUAUCUAUGUGAAAGACAUGACGGAUAUUUUGGAAGUAGGAGGCGAGAGCGGAAAGCGGGUAGUACUGAGCCUUCUUGAUGUGGUGGCUCGUGUUAGACAUAACAUUCCCGUGGUGCUCAUCGGCGGGUGCUCACCAACACUACUCCAUCCGGGCAACCUUGAUCGAACGGUGGAAUUUUAUGAAGACUUAUUUGAAGGGUCUGUGCGAGCGUCGGGACGUCUUUCACCAGAGCAGGAACGUAUCUGGACUGAAGGAACCCUCUUCCGCACGCCUUUGGACCGAAUGACGAAAGAUUUUGAAAAAGUGGAAAUGCUGCCUCCGGCCCCUUACUUGUUGUCUGACAGUGAAAAUACUGCAACAACGGCUGACAAAGAGAAGCUUGGGAUCUGGCUGGAAACAAUGCAAAAAGAUUUACGCCGGCGAAUUAAGGAGGUCAACUGGCAAAGGGUGGAGGCAAUCUGCGGCCAAAGAGGUGUGACAAUACGAGGUUUAGAUGUAUCUGCUGUCACAACAGAGGACGCGGAUCGCAAUGUUGUACCGCCUUCUUUGCAAGGCGGGCUGCACCUGUUGGAGCAGUCCAUCUGGCCUCGUCAUCGUGUCGAGAGACUGGUGUCCUUGGCGAUGGGCUUCAGGCUAGAGCUUGCUAGUGGUGGUGAGUCUUCGGGACGGGACGAUCAUAUGUUGCGAGGACCUUUGGAUCUGUCGGCGAGACACUUUGCUGAGGCACUCCAAUUGAUGCGAAAUGGGGCGUCCCAAAGGCCAUCGAGCAAAUCGGUUGAAGGUGCAGAGCAACGCGUCGUGCCGGCGAGGACUGGAGAGCAGCAUGAGGAUGCAAACGCCGUUCAGGAGCAGGAACAAGCGGCGAAGACUGAGCGUGAGAAGCGUCUUGUCUCUACUGUUGUCAAUCCAGAUGCCAUUAAAACAAGCUUUAACGACCUGAUUCUUCCAAACUCAACGAAGCUAAUGCUUCAAACUGUCGUCACGCUACCUCUUCUCAGACCCGAUUAUUUCGCGCAAGGCAUUCUGUCCCGAAAUGCCAUAAACGGUGUCCUCUUGUUUGGACCGCCGGGAACGGGAAAAACCAUGUUGGCCAAAGCUGUAGCGAAAAGCUCGGGAGCCCGCUUCAUGAGUGUGGCCCUUUCUGACGUUUUUGAUAAAUAUGUUGGGGAAGGAGAGAAAAAUGUCAAAGCUGUUUUCACACUGGCUAGGAAGCUCUCUCCUUGCGUCGUGUUCUUGGAUGAGGUGGAUGCGCUUUUUGGAGCAAGAAGGAGCGAUGCGGCCCACGCUAGUCGACGGGAGAUCAUCAACGAGUUUAUGAGCGAGUGGGACGGGUUGACGUCGAAUAAUGCGGGAAUCCUCAUUAUGGGAGCAACCAAUCGGCCGUUCGACCUAGAUGAUGCUAUCCUGCGAAGGAUGCCACGACGUGUAUUAGUCGACCUACCUAACGAAGAACAACGUGCUAAAAUCAUAAAUCUGCACCUCCGCGGCGAAGAUGUUGAUGCAUCCUUAGAUGUCGUUGAUCUGGCUAAGCGCACUGCGUCCUACUCUGGUAGCGACCUGAAGAACCUUUGCGUCGCUGCGGCAACCGCGCGAGUCAAAGAGUCUCUAGUCAGGGAAGCAAAAGCGGGUACUGCGGAAGAUGAACAGGCAACUACAGAGGAUUUACUGAAAGAACUGGACAAGUUUGAGGAUAUUGCCAGCGUUGUUGCUGCAUCCGCAACGACAUCUACUACUGUGGGUCGAACUCCACCUAUGGGUCGAAAAUCGGCUUCCCGUGCCACUACUGUUCCCUCUGCGGCUUCGAAGCUCGGUCCACUUAAACACUCACAUUUUGACGUGGCAUUGAAAGAAGUACCCCCCAGCUUGACUGAUGAGAUGCAGACAUUGGUCGAACUGCGCAAAUGGGAUGAAAUGUAUGGAGAAGGAGCUGGGAGGCGAAAAGGGAGUGCAAAGAUGGGAUGGGGAUUUGAUAUGGGUAUGCUGGGCCAGGAUGGCGAGCGGAAGCUGGAACUGGAGCGGAGCAAACCAUUGGAGAGAGAAUAA